CUUGUAGCAGGAGAUCAGAGGAGAAUCUUAUAUCUUCAGAUUAUAAAGCAGAUGAUGAUAUCACACAAGAUACAUAUGAAGAACAUUCCAUUAUCCCAGAUACACCCUCAGCCCUUCACAGCCAAGAUCUGUCAUCUCAUCCUUAUAUACAGGUCCUGUCUUCUCACUCAUCACAGGAUGUUCAGCAAAAUAAAGGUCACAGAAGGGGUGUUGGACAUCAACGAGCUCAUACAGGAAAGAAACCAUAUUCUUGCUCAGAAUGUGGGAAAUGUUUUACUGACAAAUCACAUCUUGUUCAACAUAAAAUAACUCACACAGGGGAGAAGCCAUUUUCAUGUUCAGAAUGUGGAAAAUGUUUUACUGAAAAAUCAAGUCUUGUUAAACAUCAAAGAACUCACACAGGGGAGAAGCCAUUUUCAUGUUCAGAAUGUGGAAAAUGUUUUACUGAAAAAUCAAGUCUUGUUCAACAUCAAAGAACUCACACAGGGGUGAAGCCAUUUUCAUGUUCACAAUGUGGGAACUGCUUUACUAAGAAAUCAAAUCUUGUUCAACAUAAAAGAACUCACACAGGGGAGAAGCCCUUUUCAUGCUCAGAAUGUGGGAAACGUUUUUCUUGCAAGUCAGAUGUUACGCGACAUCAAAGAACUCACACAGGGGAGAAACCAUUUUCAUGUUCAGAAUGUGGGAAAUGUUUUACUGAUAAAUCAAAUCUUGUUCAACAUAAAAGAACUCACACAGGGGAGAAGCUAUUUUCAUGCUCAGAAUGUGGGAAACGUUUUACUUGCAAAUCAGAUGUUACUCGACAUCAAAGAACUCACACAGGGGAUAAACCAUUUUCAUGUUCAGAAUGUGGGAAAUGCUUUCCUCAUCAUACAAGUCUUUAUAAGCAUAAAAUAACUCACACAGGAGAGAAGCCAUUUUCAUGUUCAGAAUGUGGGAAAUGCUUUCCUCAUCAUUCAAGUCUUUAUAGGCAUAAAAGCACUCACACAGGGGAGAAGCCAUUUUCAUGUGCAGAAUGUGGGAAAUGUUUUACUCAGAAAUCAAAUCUUCUUCAGCAUCAAAGAACUCACACUGGGGAGAAGCAAUUUUCAUGUUCAGAAUGUGGGAAAUGCUUUACUCAUCAUACAAGUCUUUAUAAGCAUAAAAGAACUCACACAGGGGAGAAGCCAAUUCAGAGAAAUAAAUGAUGCAGAUUUCACAUCUAUAUAUUCACCAUGUACAUAGGAUAUCUGACAUUUAUACAUAUAUCAUAUACUGCAUCUCCAAACUUGUUCCCAAUUGAUAAUAAAAGUUUUCUAUUAGAACGUAGUCACCGAUCCAGCGAUGUCAUCACUAUAGUUUACAUGGUAGGAGAAGAGUGUGGUAUAUGGUUGUGAUAUUCACUGCUCCUCAUAGAGAAGACCCAACAGGCAUAAUCCAUGGGGAGCUGCUACUGGAGACCCAAACACCUCACAGAGAAGGGACUUAUUCCAGUGAUGAAGAAUUCCAGGACGGUCCGGGCUUCACCUGCUGAGACCCUUUUAGAAAGGUUGUGUUAUCCCGAUCCUAGCUGAUCAUGUGGCGUCUGAUCACUGGACACCUCACUCUGUGCUCGGCUGUUUCUGCAGCUCCCAUAGUAAAUGUACCUCCUCCCUACCUGGGGACACUGGGGUCCCUGUUAUUGAGAUACUGGGGAUAGAUGACACAACCCCCUCUCCACCCCGUGAUGUACUUUUAUGUCCUGGGCGGGAUUACUUUCCCGACUGUCUUGGCAGUGUAACCCUAUGUAUGCCGCAGUCAGUACUGAUUGUGGCAUCUAUAGGGUUAAACUGUCUUGCUCCCCCAGUCAUGGCCUCCAGGUCUACCAGGCGCUGUUGCCUAUGAGGCCCGACCUCGGUAACACUGACAGUUAUACUGCGCUGUAGUACAGAUGUAUGGUGGUGUAGUAUAACAGCAAUUACACGAAAGCAGCUUCAGGUCCUAAAUAAAAACGUAUGGUCCCUGUCCCAAUAAAGCCGUAUAUUAUUACAAAAAAACUCCAAAACAUACA